AUGGUUCCCACACAUCUCCAUCACCCCCACCCCUUCCCUUCUAGACUUGAAGCCAUCGAUCAUACGUCCAACCCUUUCAAACUCAUCCCUAAACACCGAUCUACACCUCAAGUUCUUAUCGGAGCCUCCAGCCGGAAACUUGCAUUUCUAAUACAUCAUCAAUUUCAUCUGGAAAAUCGUCUUCCAUCAAUUUCAUCAUCAGGAAAAUCAUAUUUGACUUAUGGGGCAUCAGGAUUUGAUCUUGGUUUUGGUUUGGUCCAGACGGUGAUCGAUUGUGGUUUGCAAGAGCCUGAAGAGGCGGGCGGUGGUGUUGUUGAUAGUGAUGGUGGUGGUGGUGGUUUUGCUGGUGGUGGUGAUUGA